AUGAGAGGAUAUGUGCAGUCGAACCAGCCCGUAGAUGCCAUUUUAUGCUACAGAGACAUGCUCAAAGACGGACUCAUAAAAAAUAACUACACCUUCACACCUCUAGUUAAAGCUUGUUCCAUGGUUUCGCCUGAGCUCCGGCAUAUGGGUCUUUCAGUACAUGCCCACAUUGCAAAGUUGGGUUUUCUCCAUGACCCAUUUAUCGCAAGCGCUCUGAUUAGCUUCUACAAUUCGAUUCUAGAUAUGGCGACUGCAGAGGACCUGUUCGACGAAAUUCCCGUGAGAGAUGUGGUGCUGCGGACGACCAUGAUCGACGGGUACGGUAAAACAGGGGACGUCGAGAAAGCUAGGGUGAUGUUCGACGAAAUGCCCGAGAGAAACGUGAUCUCUUGGAGUGCAAUAAUGGCAGCAUAUUCACGAGCAAGCGAUUUCAGAGAAGUGCUGUGCUUAUACAGAAGAAUGGAGGAGUCGAAUUUGAAGCCCAACGAAUCCAUUCUUGUUAGUGCUCUCACAGCGUGUGCGCAUCUCGGUGCAUCGGCACAAGGUAUAUGGAUACACUCGUACGCCGAGAAAUGCAAAUACACAUCAAAUCCCAUCCUAGCUACCGCAUUGGUCGACAUGUACUCGAAAUGCGGUUUCUUGAAAUUGGCUUUACAAAUCUUCGAAAAGAUUCAUUACAAAGAUAGUGGAGCUUGGAAUGCUAUCAUCUCCGGAUUUGCAAUGAAUGGCGACGCCACAAAAUCUCUCGAGCUGUUUAACAACAUGGUCUCGAGUGGGACCAAACCCACAGAAGCCACUUUUGUUGCUAUCCUAACCGCUUGCACUCAUGCAAAAUUGGUCGAAACCGGCCUUUCUUUGUUAAAAAGCAUGAGCGGGGUCCACAAGAUUCGACCGAAGAUCGAACAUUAUGCAUGUGUGGUUGAUCUUUUGGCAAGAUCCGGCAAGUUAGAGGAAGCAGAGGAAUUUAUUGAUGAGAAAAUCGGUGAAAUUGGUGAAGGGGAUUUUAAUGUAUGGGGAGCUUUAUUAGGCGCGUGUCGGGUAUAUGGGAGAGUCGAUAUCGGGAAUAGGUUGUGGAGAAAGAUCGCUAAUAAGGGAAAGGUUGAUUACGGGAUUUAUGUGCUUGUGUAUAAUAUGUACCGAGAAGCUGGUUUGAAUGACGAGGCGAAGAGUGUUAGGAGAUUGAUGGAGACGAAACAAAUGCGGAAAAAACCGGGAUGCAGUGCUGUGGAAGUUAAUGGAAUUGUUAGAGAGUUCUUUGCUGGCGAUGUUUUGCAUCCGAGGGACGAUAGAAUGUGUGAAAUUCUCGAUUCUUUACUAAGUGAUGUGUCGUGUCCUAUAUCGUUGUACGAGUAUGAUUAA